GUUUCCUCCCGGUAUGUUUUUGUUGUCCCACCGACAGGAGAGCUCUGUGUUUGGAGCUCCUUCGGUACCGGUGAAACCGCGAAAAUGUUUCAAAUGUUGAAGAACAAACGGUGAAAAUGUGACAGUAACAGCAGAAAUAAAGACCCUCUCAUCAAUGGCAUCGCUGUGGUCAAAAAUCUCCGCCGUUCUGCCUCUUAAUGAAGAGCGGUUUCCGCUGCAGUUCGGCGACAGAGUGGAAUCAAGUGUGGUGGAAAUGCUGAAGCGGUCCAGGCGGCAGCUGUACAGUGACUCACCGAGCGCCAGCCGCACGCUUAACGCUCAGGUCAUUUUGGAUAUUUCGUGGGAGAGACUGAACACGGGGACGUGGCGCCAUGUGGACAAGGAGUGGAGGCGCGUUUACUCCUAUGGCUGCCUGUUCAAAGUGGCCGCGCUGUGUCGCGAGAACCCAUCAGAAGAUGAGAUCCUGCAGGCCGUCAGGACCUGUGACAUGUCUUUCCUCAUGGGCGCAGCCAUCAUGGAAAACAUACUUCAGGAUGUUGUUCAGAUUCUGCAGAGUGAAAUAAGGAAAUCUGCCAAAGAUGAGGAUGACAGUGAACAUGCCGAGGUCAAGAGAAUAAAGAUCGCGAGCCCACAUGUUCCCGUGAUCAAAGACCAGUUGGCCGUUCCCAGGAUAAAGUGUCCUUCACUGGAAAGCUUCAAUACGAACUAUCUGCUCCCCCUCAAGCCAGUGAUCUUAGAGGGAAUCAUUGACCACUGGCCCGCCCUCAACAAACACUCCUGGAGCAUAGAAUACCUGAGGACGGUAGCCGGCUGUCGGACUGUUCCCGUCGAGGUGGGAUCCAGGUACACGGAUGAGGACUGGUCGCAAACGCUGCUCACUGUCAAUGAAUUCAUUGACAGGUACAUUUUAUGUAAAGAUGGAGGGAAGUGUCCGGGUUAUCUGGCUCAGCACCAGCUUUUUGAUCAGAUACCAGAGCUGAAGGAAGACAUCCGCCUCCCAGAUUAUUGCUGCCUCGGUGAAGGAGACGAAGACGACAUCACCGUCAACGCGUGGUUCGGGCCCGGAGGUACAGUGUCUCCUCUUCACCAAGAUCCUCAACAGAACUUCCUUGCUCAGGUGGUGGGAAGCAAAUACAUUCGCCUAUACUCCCCGGAGGACUCAGACAAGCUGUACCCUCAUCAAUCACCGCUGCUUCACAACACCAGUCAGGUGGAGGUGGAGAAUCCAGACGCCGAGCGCUUCCCAGAGUUUGCCGAAGCUCCGUAUCUCGAAUGUCUGCUGCGGCCCGGAGACGUGCUGUUCAUCCCCGUCCGACACUGGCAUUACGUCCGGUCCUUAGAACUCAGCUUCUCUGUCAGCUUCUGGUGGUCGUGAUUGCAGAAUUGUAAUUUUUAAAAGAAAAUAUAUAUCUAAGAAAGAAAAAAAAAAGAAACGAG